AUGAAUCUAAAUAAGAAGAAUGAAAUUGAUUAUCAGAUUAAAGAAUUGACUUUUCAAUUAGAGGAAAUUAAAAAAACAAAGGGUUGCAUCUAUCAAAAGAAGUGUGGUAUUUACUUUUUACAAACCUCAAAAGAUCAAAUUACAUCAAAUUUAAAAGACGAUAUAAGUAAUAAAAAUAAAGAAUUGGAAGGUUUUAAAGAAUUUACAACUAAAAAUAACACAACUAAAAAUAACACAACUAACAAUAGUAAAUUUAAACCAAAUGUACCAAAUAAACAAAAAAAAUAA